CCAAGCUGCAGUCUCUCUUUGGUGGGGGGGAGAGAACCCAGCCUUCUGGAGAGGGAAGGAAUGGGGGGGGUGGGGGCUCUCCUCCCUCACCAGAGUCUCACCCCCUUUCUCCUGUUUAGGUCUCUGCCAUGUGGGGCUGGGCCCUGCUCCCCAUCCUGCUGGUCAUCUGCGGCACCGUGGGCUUCUGGGUGGUAUACGCCAUGUCCGUGGCCAAUGGGUCUGUGAACGUCACAGUCAUGUUCCCGUAUAUCAGCACCUGCGGAUCUGACCCUCCCCAGAGCUGCAUCUUCGGUCAAGUGCUGAACAUGGGGGCGUUCCUGGUCACCCUGAUCAGCUACCUGAGGUUCCAGCAGGUUCGGGACUGGGGGUGUCCCUGCGCCCUGAACACGGCCGGCCUCUGCCUGGGGCUGCUCUGUGCCCUAGGAGCCUCUGUCGUGGGCAACUUCCAGCUAAGUAACCAGCUGGAGACUCACAUCUUUGGGGCGUUUCUGGCCUUCGUCGUGGGUGUUGUUUAUUUCUGGGUCCAGGCCGCGCUGACCAAACGGGUGAAGUCGCAUCCUGGCGGGCGUUGGAUCGGACCAGCCCGGUUCUGUCUCAGUGCGGGCAGCACGGCCCUGCUUGUGGCCAUGUUCGCUCUGCACGGGCUGGGGCUGCGGUCGGAAGCUGCCGCCUGCGAAUGGAGCUUGGCCCUGACCCUCUUCGUCCUCUUCGGCCUCUUCGCCGUGGAUUUCCGGUACAUCGAGUCCUGCUCCGUGGGGCUGCAGCACCGGGCACCCCCAACUGCCCUGGAGCUGGGCGCCGCCUCCACCCAGACCCUGGCGCUCUAGCCCCGGCCCCACCUGGACUGGCCCCCCCACGGCUCUGGGGCAGGGACCCUUGGAUGGCCGCCCCCAGCUCUUCCCCCCACCCCCACUGCGGGCACUGCUGGCGGGGGAAGCUCGCAGCGCUGGGGGCUGGCUGGCUGCUGGGAGCGAGACUGGGGGAGCCACGGUUCUGGUGCAUGUGUGUGGGGGGAAUGUUCACAGACCCCCUUAUUUCCCCCCCUCCCCCAGGACAGAAGUGGUCUCACCCCCCCACACAUACAGAGCGGGCUGUAAUAAAGGGGGGAUUUCUCAGAUCUGGUGCCUCUGUCACAUUUAGAUGGCCGAGGGGCCUGGCCCUGCCCCCCAGCACCGAGAGCUUGGGAUGGGGGAAGGCAGGGGAAGGAGCAGAGAUUGCCCCCCAUACCCCACUCUGCCCGGGGAGGGCAGGGCAUUCCUCACAAGGGGGGGUGGGAAGCUAGCUAGAGCCAGGCCACCUGGGUUCUUUCCCUGAUGCUGGGAGGGGAGUGGGGUCUCGUGGUUGGGGGGGGUUCAGAGCCAGGACUCCUGGGUUCUAUGAUCAGCAGGGGCCUGAUGAGAAAAGGCCGGUGGGCGAGGGGUUACAAUCCUCUCAUCUCUCAAUGUUUUUUUUUGGCGGGGAGGGGGAGAUACGGACCAGCAGCUCGGGCUGCACCCCAAGAGCACCCCACAAUCACUGUUUGCUUCAUCUACCCAGAGCACCCGUGAAGCUAAGGGAGAGCUGGCACCCCCUAGAGAGGAAAAGCCCCGGGCUCCAUUCCCUGCCUCCCCCCAACUCCCCA